AUGGUCAACUCCUGCUGUGGUUCCGUGUGCUCUGACCAGGGCUAUGAGCAAGGUCUGUGCCAGGAAGAGAACUGCUGUCGCCCCAGCUGCUGCCAGCCCAGCUGCUGCCGCCCUACCUGCUGCAUCUCCAGCUGCUGCAGGCCCCAGUGCUGCCAGCCCUCUUGCUGCCGCCCCACCUGCUGCAUCUCCAGCUGCUGCAGACCCUCCUGCUGCAGGCCCCAGUGCUGCCAGUCUGUGUGCUGCCAGCCCACCUGCUGCCGCCCAAGCUGCUGCAGACCCAGCUGCUGCAGACCCAGCUGCUGCAUCUCCAGCUGCUGCCGCCCCUCCUGCAGUAGCUCCAGCUGCUGUGGCUCCAGCUGCUGCCGCCCCAGCUGCUGCCCUAGCUGCUGCCUGCGUCCAGUCUGUGGCCAAGUCUCCUGCCACACCAGUUGCUAUCGCCCAACCUGUGUGAUCUCCACCUGUCCCCGCCCCAUGUGCUGUGCCAGGCCUUGCUGCUGCUAA